ACAUUGCGUUCUGUAACCAACAUGUGGCUUGGCAAAACGUAAACAACGAGGUUUUUAGCUAAUUCCAAAUUAAAAUGACUCGUACAAAGAAGAAAGUGGAGAUUGUGUUUGAUCCCCAAAAACGCAAAGACUUUUUGACAGGCUUUCGAAAGCGAAAGAACGAGCGCCGCACACGGGCCAAAACGGAAUUGGAGCGCAAUCUCAAGGAGGAGCACAAACGCAUCCGGCAGGAGGUAAAGGAUGGCUUCAAGCAUCUGAAGAAAUCCUUCGAACCACUGCGCGAACUCACCGACGAGGAUAAGAUUGAAGGUGUCCAGCAAGCCGCCUACGAAGAUGAUGAAGUCCAAGUCAAGAUAGUGGAGCUGUCCACGAACGAUUUGGCAGCGCAACGCAAUAUGCUUGGUGCCAACAUAGCCGACGGCAGCGAGGACGAAACGGCGCCGCCGCAGGAGAGCGAGGAUGACGAGCAAGAAACCAAUCUAAUACCAGGCAUGGACUUCGAUGUGAAUGCCAAACGUAGACGUAAAGCGCCCGCAGACGAUGAGGAAGACAACAGGAAGGCGGCCGGAACUAAAGCUGGUGAUGCUGAAAUCAAAAGCAAAAAGGAUCUAGACAGGCUGAUGAAAACGAAAACGCUGAAGAAAAUCAAAAAGAGCAAACUGUUCAAACAGAAGGAACGCAUGGACAAAAAAGCUAACCUGCAGCGGGCGAAACGUGAUCGCAACAAUACCAUCCGGAGCGUGCCCAAGCAUCAGCGCAAGCAGCUGAAGCAUGGCAAGCCGCCGGCUGCCCAGACACGCUAUCGCAAGGGUCGCCUGAUGAACAAGAAGGAGAUGCGUCGCAAGCGCGGUGGAGGAGGCGGCGGCGGCGAUUAGCGUUUGCCAAAAGGUCGACUUACUAAUUUAGCAUAUACAUCUAAAUAUAGUAUAUAUAUUAAUGUAUUCUUAUUCUUUGUGGUUUUACGGUUUAUUCACUAUUACACUAAUUUGAUCGAAAUAAACUGUAUAAUAUAAUUUCGCUAA